AUGAACAGGUUCCUGGAGAUGGAGAUCACCAUGAAGAACAGAGCCAUACUAUUUCACAUGUUAAUUUGAUUAUCUGUGAUGGUUAUUGCUUUGUUUACUCCUAUGCAUGUUAUUGUGUUAGAGUAGAAUGAUCCCUCAAAGAAUGUCAAGUUUAUUUACCUCCCCAAUAGCUGCAACACCACAAGACAAGUACAUUUGGUGAUGGGCUCAUGAAAUUGGGGUAUCACCAUUUUUCCUUGUCGUUGGUGAUGUUCGUGUCGGACACUUACAUGCGAAGCUUUGGUUAACUUGACGGGGCUAUCAAAACGGUUUUGGGCCUCGAGGUGAAAGGAGUCGGAGCCGGGGCAAGUGUUGCCUACCGACUAACAAGAGUCGUAUAGAGAUACGAUUGGCAAGAGUUGCCUACCGAGUGAUUCAAUCGGCUAGCAGUGAUGCUAAAGCUCACUAGACGAUUGGUUGAUCUUGGAUCUUGAAUCACUAAUGAUCAAUGGAGGGAUGUUGAUUUUAGUGGGAGUAUAUUUCUAUUAAAUUGUUUAAUAUGAAUUACUCUUCAUGAAUACUUGUCUUAGUGUUUUUGCAUUUUCUGUUGUAGAUCAAUGGCACCACCUCAAUUGUCCAGUUUUGCUUUGAGAUCUGUUCUUGAGAAAGAUAAACUAAAUGGAACUAACUUCACCAACUGGUAUCGGAACCUGAGAAUCGUUCUCAGGCACGAUAAGAAAGAACAUGUCAUAGAGAACCCACUUCCAGAGGAGCCGGCUGAUAAUGCCACUGCUGCUGUUAGAAACGCCUAUCAACGCUCAUGUGAUGAGUCGAUUGAGAUCAGCUGUCUGAUGCUUGCCUAUAUGGAGCCCGAACUGCAGCAGCAGUUUGAGAAUGUUGAGGCUUUCGAUAUGAUCGAGACUCUCAAAGGCAUGUUUCAGACUCAGGCUAGGACCGAAAGAUUUAAUGUCUGGAGGUCCUUCCUGGAGACUAAGCUGAAAGAAGGCGAACCCUUGAGCCCACAUGUAAUCAAGUUGGUUGGUUACACGCAAAGCUUGGAGAAGCUGGGUUUUCCGCUGAGCCAAGAGUUGGCCACGGAUACAAUUCUGGCAUCUCUUCCGCCAAGCUAUGCGCAGUUCGUUCAGAACUACCAUAUGCAUGGUAUGGAAAAGAAAGUCACUGAAUUGCAUGGGAUGCUUAAAACAGCAGAGGAGGAUAUCAAGAAAAAUACCAAGCAAGUGUUGCUGGUACAGGGAAAGCCAAAGUUCAAGAAGAAUUCUUGGGCUAAGAAGAAGGCAAAGAAGGGAAAGGCUAAGGAUGUGAUCCCGACCCCUGCCCCUGCUGCGCCUAAGGCUGGACCGGACUCAGAGACCGUAUGCUUUUUCUGCAAAGGCACCGGUCAUUGGAAGAGGAACUGCAGCAAGUACCAGGCCCACGUGGCAAAGAAGGGUGGAAGUGUGACUUCUACUUCAGGGGUUGGCAAGGACUAGGAGCGUCGCAAGUGGAGAGGUUGACAUAAGGGUUGGCAAUAAAG